AUGAAUCGACUAUUCGGCGCAAAGAGCACAGCACCCAAGCCAACCCUCAACAGCGCCAUUUCCAAUGUCGACACACGCAUCGAAUCAAUCGACGUUAAACUCGCCAAACUCAAUGCCGAGCUCUCCACCUACCAACAACGCCUCUCCUCUAUGCGCGACGGUCCUGGCAAAAACGCAAUCAAACAAAAAGCCAUCAAGAUCCUCCAACAGCGCAAAAUGUACGAGUCCCAAAAAGAUCAACUCCAACAACAAUCCUGGAACAUGGAACAAGCGGGCAUGAUGCAGGAUAACCUCAAAAACACCAUGGCGACGGUCGACGCGAUGAAGACCACGCAGAAGGAGUUGCGGAAGCAGUAUGGGAAAAUCAAUAUCGAUAAGAUUGAGAAGUUGCAGGAUGAGAUGGCGGAUCUGAUGGAUAUGGGAAAUGAUAUUCAGGAGAGUAUUAGUCGGAGCUAUGAUGUGCCGGAGGAUGUGGAUGAGGCGGAGUUGGAUGCGGAGUUGGAGGCGCUGGGGCAAGAUGUGGAGUUUGGGGAGGGGUUGGGGGAGGAGAUGCCGAGUUAUUUGCAGGAUGCGGGUGGAGUGCCGAGUUUUAUUGACGAGGCGCCGGAGGUGGGGAAGGAGAAGCAGGCGGCGACGUGA